AUGGGGAGUGUCAACGUAAAUCGUAAUGUCAGCGAUGCGUUUUAUCGCUAUAAAAUGCCACGGAUUCAAGCCAAAGUAGAAGGCAAGGGAAAUGGUAUCAAAACUGUGAUCGUGAAUAUGGUUGAUGUCGCGAAAGCGAUUGGAAGACCUGCCACCUAUCCUACUAAGUACUUUGGUUGUGAGCUCGGAGCACAAACUCAAUUUGAUUUCAAAAAUGAAAGAUUUAUAGUAAAUGGUUCGCACGAUGCUACAAAAUUGCAAGAUCUUUUGGAUGGAUUCAUUCGCAAAUAUGUAUUAUGCCCGGCUUGCGAUAAUCCUGAGACCGAAUUGAUGGUCAGUUCGAAAAAAGGGACUAUUUCACAGGGAUGCAAAGCGUGUGGCUAUCACGGGCUAUUGGAAAGUAAUCAUAAAUUGAACACCUACAUUCUAAAGAACCCACCGAGCUUGAAUCCUGCUGUUCAAGGUAGUUCUUUAACUGAAGGUAAACGUGGGAAACGUUCAAAACGUGCGAAUGGUGAAACAACUACCACUACAACCACUGCUACUGCUAAUGGCGAUCGAUCUGGUUCUCCGGAAAACGAUACCAACACCACCGAUAUCGUGGUCGAGGCUCCUGAAAAAAUGGCGGACGAGAACGGAGAUGAUGAUAAUUGGGCAGUCGAUGUGUCGGAGGAGGCAGUCAGAGCCCGUCUACAGGACUUGACAGACGGGGCAAAAGGAAUGACCAUCAGCGAUGAUCUUGACAAGACUGAAAAAGAGAGGAUGGACAUGUUUUAUAAGUUAGUUAAAUGUCGUCGCGACGCUGGGCAAUUGGAUAAUCAUAAAGAGCUGAUCACAGAGGCCGAACGUCUGGAAAUCAAGACAAAAGCGCCAUUGAUUCUGGCCGAACUACUCUUCGAUCAAAAUAUUGCUGCUCAAGCUAAAAAAUAUCGAGUACUUCUCCUUCGUUUUACCCACGAUGAUAUUAAGGCACAGAAAUAUUUAAUUAGAGGAAUUGAACAAGUAAUAGCACUGCAUAAAGACGCUUUGAUGCCGAAAGUACCUGGCAUUUUAAAGCUCUUUUAUGAUGCUGAUAUUUUGGAAGAAAAAGCGUUAUUCGAAUGGUCAAACAAAGUGACUAAAAAAUACGUAUCAAAAGAUUUAUCCCAAGAAAUUCAUGAUAAAGCUGCACCAUUUUUAACUUGGUUACAAGAAGCAGAAGAAGAGGAUUCUGAACCAGAAGAAGAAGACGAUGAUUUGGAGAUUGAAUACGACGAUAGAGCCAAACAAUCACUAAAACCACAAGAGUCACCCCCUAUGCAGAAGCCUGCUGUAGUCAAUGAAGACUCGGAUGACGAAGAUGAUUUUGAUAUUGAUGCCAUUUAAAAAGAUGCUCAGUAGUCGGACAUAAAAAAUAUAUAAUAAAAAAUAGAAGAAGAAGAAUAGAAAAAAAAAAUAUGUCCGAUAAAUGAUGACGAACGAUUAUUUCUCACACGAUACAAAGAGUCGCAAUGCAAUGUAUUAUAAUAUAGCAUUUUGUUAUUUUAGGCCAAGAAGUGAUUAUGAAGCCAUUAUAUAUAUAUGAGAAAUUUUAACUGUUCCCAAGUUAGCAAUAUUUAUCUGUACCGUAACACUUUUAAUUGUUUUUAAUAAGGCGAUUACGAAUUACCUAUACAUUAUUCCUAAUUAAUUAUUGAGAGAUUUAAAAAAAAAAAACGGAUGCUUCUAUACAUUGAUAUGCAUCUAUUUUAGAAGAAAUAAAAUAUUGAUAGUUCUCUGCCGUUAUUGGGAAGUUGGCCUGCUAAAAGCGUUCUCUAUUGUAUCUAUUUACUAUUCAAAUAAUAAUUAUUCAAAUAAAUAUGGUUUACCGCAA